AUGUGGAUGUUCGUUGUCGAGGCAUUCGAGCCAUUAUUAGUAAUUCCGCGGAAUGUUAAAUCACGCAAAGCUUCUGUGGGACCGGUCGAAAUCGAAUGUGUUUGUCUAUGGGAUUAUUUCGGUGGCGAUACAUGUAUGGAUGUGAAUUGUUGGGCUGGUACUGAAAUGAAUGUCGUCGCUGAAGAAUACCAAAUCCGCCCAUUGUCGAAAAGUGAGUAUCUACGUCUACCACUUCGAUGGAGUUUAGUGAGAAUAGUUGGCGAUCAGCCACAAGCGGCACUCGGUUUGAUUCCCAGCUGUUGGCUAGUGGCGAAAAAAUUCGUACACGAAAAUCCUGGACUUUUUUCUUAUCCAUAUUGGUAUUUGGGAAUUUGUAACGUUGACACCGCUUACAAUCAUCUAAUUAGCGAUCGCUCAGCACAGCGACCAGGAGUGUUCGUAAUAUUUUCGCCAGUUUGCAUGAAUCCUGAUCCAAACGAUUAUCGCCCAUUCUUAUUGAUGAUGCUAUGCGAGGCAGCAAAAAGAACGACUAAGCUUCAAGAUGACGUCAUUGAAAGGGAAAGAUAUGGUGAACUGUGGAACGUUUAUUUUCAGAUUCUUACCAUAACCAGAUCAAUAUCUGGUCACUAUGAACUCUUUGGUAAUCGGUACAAUACGCUUUAUGAUUUGGUUUAUCAUCUUUCUCAAACUAAAUCUGAGCUGCCGCAUAAAUUAUUGUACGGAACUCUGUCUAAGGUAGGAAAUAUCGAACGGAAAAUAUCAAACUUUCAUUUCGUAAAGAUCUUAAUAUUAAGUGGAUUUUUUCAGCAACUCAAGCAUCCAAAUGUCGUGCGAUUUUUUGGAUUCUCAUUAGAAGCGGCUGAAAGUAAUAUCUUACUAAUCUUUGAGAUGAUGGACAAAGGCGCAUUGGAUUCAUUUUGUCGCAUCAACUACCAAAUAAGCGUCAACGAAACUGUGGAUUGGUUGUGUCAAAUCGCCAGAGGUAUGGCUCAUCUCCAUGCUCAGAUUCCCGUCAUUGUUCAUGGCGAUUUGGCAGCACGAAAUGUGCUAGUGUGCAGUCACCCCAUUGACGUUACCAGAUAUAUCCUAAAAAUCACCGACUUCGGUAUAUCGAAACGAACACGUAGCGAAACAUUCGCCACCUAUGAUGAUCCCAACAAAAUUCCAUUCAAAUGGUUACCGCCAGAGGUGUUGAAAAGUCGUGAGAUGACACCGAAAGCGGACGUAUGGUCGUACGGCGUGCUUGCUCAUGAGUUGUACGGUAUCGGUGAGCCAUACGGUAUGUUGGGACCGGAAAAGGUUAUACAUGCUCUAAACGACGGACAUCGUUUCGAAAGGCAGCCAAAGAUGCCGCAUUUCGUCUAUGACGUCGUACUACAAUGCUGGAGACGACUACCAGUGGAUAGGCCACAUUUUCGGUUAGUGAUUAUUUUAUUGCAUGUUGAUGAUAUAUUUGUCAAAGUGACAUAA